AUGGCUCGCGAAUUAAAGGUGCUGAGAGUAGGGUCGAAGGAGGCCGCCUCCUAUCCGGCUAUCACCUUUGUUGCAGGAGCCACCGUAGAGCUUGCCCCCGACCAGAGGAAGCUACUUGGCGAUGAGAAUCAUCCGUUCACGGCACGAUUCUUCGACUUUGUCGCUAGCGGGAGGUUUCUGGCUCAGGAGGUGGAGGAGCGCGUUCUCAUCGUGACAAGCAACGUUGUCGCGGAUAUUAUCGCGGGUCGCGAUGACGCAGUCGACGCCUUUGCCGGUGUGAUGGAGUGCAGGAAGGGCUCUUGCGGCAACCUCGCUUGUCUGUUCGUGUUUGACAAGAUCAUUACCCAGCUGGACGAGGUGGCUUCCAAAGGAUCUGGGCCGCAAUACCCGAGGCCUAAUGCCAAGAUUGUGAAUGCACUGUGGCAGGAGGCGUUCCGCACCGCAAAAGAGCUCGCGUUCAACUUGAGCGUGGAUAUGACGCGUCCCAAGCACGACGGUAAGGCAGUCGGCAAUGAAGCGUUGAAGGUGCAGAAGGUGGCAACGGGUUCGCAGAUCGCAGAUCAUGGUGUUCUCGCUCUCACUGGUGGCGCUGAAGCCGCGAACCGCGGAGCUACACAGGAGGGGACGUACCACCCGGCACCUGGGGAUGACCGCGUUGAAGAUGAUGGGGCCGAGGAUACCGCGGGUAAGGGUAAACCACAGGAUGAAGCUCAUCGCACUUGGGGGCGUGUGGGGGAAGAGUCGAGUGAGGAGGAGGCGGAGGCUCUCGAGGUCGCGGCCGUGGCUGCCAGCAGGCCCACAACCUCCGGGAAGAGCAUCAGGCGUCUCGCGCAGCAGUUGGCCCCCGGAUAUGGGAGUGCGGGCCCCAGUGGUGAGCUGGCCGAGGAGAUCAUGCAACUCGACUGCAAGCUUGCAGCACAGGCGGAACAGAUCACACGGCUGAAGAAACGCCCGGAGUCUCGGGUGGGUGGUGUCGCGGUCGUUAGCUACGAGGAGCUCGCGUCCGCCGUUGCUAAGGCGGUUCUGGUCUUAGAGAAGGAGGCGAAGGCGAUCGCGGGGGUGGUGGUCGACUCCAUGAAAGGCGCUCAGAAGAAGCUGACAGACGAGGUCUCGAGGAAGAUCGACAACAUGUCGACCGCGGUCUCCGCGACAGCAGAGCGGCCCAUCACCACCAGCGGUGUCACAAACGCUCUGCACAUGCUCAUCACCCUCGUUUCCGGUCCGAGCGCGGCCGCGGUCGAGCCCAAGACGGAGAAACGCGGCAAGGCUUCCAAGAAAUUGCCCCCUCCACCCGUGUACACCAUCGACGAGGACGAUGCGGACGACGAGCUGGAGAAUCUCGUCAGCAGGUGGGUUGGGGAGGCGGGCGACGGAGGCGGGCAGGGUGGCAAGGCCGCGGUCGAGGUUCAUAGCGGCGGGGAGAGGGCGGACGAGUAA